AUGACAGAACAAAAGCAACUCAUACAAAUCAAAACAUAUAACAAACAUACAUUUAAACAUUUAUUCUUCCUUCCUGAGCAUAACAUGUUCUUUCAAAUACAUCCGAGACCAGUUGACUUUUCAUUGACUGUUUAUAAAGAUAGAAAUAGUUAUAUCAUUAAACCAUACGAUGACGAAGGUAAGUUAUGUAAAUUGUACGUUAAGAAGUUAGAGAAAGUUUAUGGCUUCAAGUAUGACUACAAUAGGGUUAACACUGAUGAUGAAGAUAUUGAGGAAAAUUUAUGA